AUGCCCACAGUCAAACUCGAUAUCACACUUAAAGAUCUAUCCAAAAUGAUCGAUGUAUCGCUCUUGCAUCCGACCAUGACCGACGGCGAAAUACUGGCAGGACUCCAAGAUGCGAGGACAUACGACGCGGCUGCGGCUUGUAUGAAGCCUUAUGCGGUGACGAUGGCUUUAGAAGCGCUCGAGGGGACGAGUGUGAAAGUGUGUCCUGUUAUCGGGUUUCCGGCCGGGAACAGUACGACCGCUGUGAAGGUCUACGAAGCGACCGAGGUGGUAAAAGAGGGUGCUCAAGAAGUAGACAUGGUGAUCAAUAUAGGAAAAGCACUAAGCGGGGACUGGGACUACGUUUCCGACGAGAUUGGACAAAUCAACGCAGCAGUGACCGCCGGCGGAGCUAUAUUAAAAGUGAUCUUCGAGACGGACUACCUACAAGACCCGGAUAUUAUCCGUCUUUGUGAGAUAUGCUCCGCGUUUGGCGUAGGGUUUGUCAAGAGUUCGACCGGGUACGGGUUUAACAAGCAGUCGAAUGGGAUGUACAGUUAUGCCGGUGCGACGGAUCAUAACCUCAAACUUAUGCGCCAACACUCGAGCGAAAAAGUCCAGAUCAAAGCAGCUGGCGGCGUCCGAACGCUCGACGACCUCUUACGCGUACGUGCACUGGGAGUAACAAGGGUCGGAGCAACAGCUACAAAGGAGAUUCUUCAAGAAGCUGUAAAGCGCGGGAUAGGGAAAGAGCCAAAGACGGUAGAGGUCACAAUACCCGACGUCAUUGCCGGUCGCCGUGUGGCCAACGAGUACCUCGCACUCGGCACACUCUUCUCGACCGGUGCGAUCGCAUGGGCUGCGUCCCGCGGCGGCUCAAAGAAGAAACCCGAGCCGGAGAGUCUACUGGACAAGGCCAAGAGCACGCUGGGCGUUGGUGAUUCUGAUGAAGAGGCAUUCAUUAAGAAGUUCAUCGCUGACGCGGAAAAGGAGGCCAAGCAUUAG